UGAGCGGGGACAGCGUGAGGGGAGGAGCGAGCCGGAGAGGGGGCCCAGCCCUCGCCUCAAGUGCCUUCCCCCCCCCCCCCCGGCGAGGCGGAUGGUGCGGCCCGGCCGGCGCGUCCCGUUGCUAGGGGCGAGGGCGGCGGCCGCCAUGGCCGGGUUCGCGGAGCCGCGGCGGGAGGCGGGAGCCGCCCCGGGGCAGGUGCAAGAAGAACUUUGCAAGCUUCAAGUUAAGAUGAAAAAUACUGACUUGAAAGGAAAUGUAGAAGCUGUGGAUAUCAGUGACCUCGAAACAGCGACGGAAAGAACCGAACUUGGGCUAAGAAAACAUGCUGAAAAUUACUUACAUGCUAUAAACAGACAAGUGUUAACUAUUUCUUCUGCUGGUAAUAAGGAAGUACAUUCAAAAGGGCCCCCUAAAUGGGGCCUUCAUCUUGGUGCUUCUCAGAAACAGCUCAUUGUGCCACGAGUGCCUGUUGGGCCCAUGACUGUGCAGGUGUACAGCAAAUCAGCACUACGCAUGUCUCCAGGGUCACAGCAGGUGGAAAUGGAAAUGAAGAUUAUGCUUCACCCAGAGAACACUCAUAAUAAAGCUGGUUCAAAACAACAGAACAAUGAGACCAGGCUGCCACUUAUAACUAAGAAAAAAUCUGCUCCUAUGUGUAGUCAGAAGACAGUGAAGGGUCAUGCAGGUAGCAGCCUUUGGGGUUUGCCUGCCUUUCAUUACAUGGAUUCUCCCUUACCCCUGUUAGAAGAAGAUCUAAGGAAAGGUGUUCCAAGCCUAACAGAACAAAGACUUAUCCCUCCAGCAGCAAAGAUACCUCCUCUUGUAUCCAAAGCAGCACCUUUCCAUGAAUUUCACAGGCAGCACAAGAAAUCAGCUGUAGGUGAGAUUAGUAGUAGGGUGGAUGCCAAGAAUGCAGACACUGUCACCUUCCCAACCUCAAAGGAAGCAAUUUAUGGCACAUAUUCCUCUAGUAAAGGUAACAUUGCACCACGUCCAUCCAGCAGCUCCAAGCUUUCAGCAGGGAAAUCAAAGCAAGUGUGGACAUAUGCAGUUCAACAGUUGGAACCUGAGCCGCGGAUUCCCUCUCAGACACAGCUCCCACAAACAUCUCCAUGUCAGCCCUUAGAGGAUCCGUGCUUUGAUUGCGACAUGGCUGUUCACCACGGCACGAUAGACCGGACAGCUCCAGGCUUUCUGGCAUUCAAGCAACAUUAUUGUCUGUCUUGGGGGAGCAUUGCCUCUUUUUUGGAGCAGACAGAAAAGCUUCUCCAGGACUAUGCUGUACCACUGGCUACAAUAAACUGUAACAAGUUGGCAGAAGUUGCAUCAGACUUUGAGCGUAAUGAAAAACCCACCAAAAGUGACAUUCUGUCAGUGAUAAAGAAUCAAUCAACUGUGGAAAAGAUCUUAAAUCGACCUGGCCAAAGACACAAAGGCCAGGGAGGCACUGAAAUGGCCGCUACCAAGAUCCAAGCAACAUGGCGAUGCUACCAGGCCAGAAAGGCCUCCAUCCAUCUCAGGCAGCAGCAGUGGGCAUCAGGUGUGAUCGGCUCUUCCUGGCGCUCGUGUAAUCACAUGGCAUGUGUGAAAAAGAGCCUGAAGGAAUCACGUCAGAGACACCUGGAGAGUUUUCACAUCAGGGCCAAGCAUCUGGCAGCCAACUGGAAUCGCAUCAGGACCUCCAGGAGGACUAUUAUCCAUAUCCCAUCAUUAGGAUAUUCCCAGGGCAUCCGUGAGCAUAUUCCUGACCUUGGUCUCCAGCAGAACAUGCAGAUGGGAAGGCUGUGUGACAUACUGGAUGCCAACGUGGACGUCAUCUACAUCUGCCCCCUUCAUCUGAGUGAGGACUUACUGCAGUAUUACAAUAAACUCCUGGGUCUGCAGGCAGCUGUUAGAUCUGGGAACCCCGAGGCCAUGGGUGACCUGCAGGACAGGUUCAGAAUUCUCACCCCUGAAGCUAUAAACAGCUUCCCUGAGCAUCACAUGUGCCUGGCCACGCUGCUGAAGUACAGUCCCAAGACAAUCAAGAGAAUAAGAACUCUUCUCCAGAGCAGAGCUGCCUACAUUGUUGGAGGGGUUCCCCACAACGAUGAUUUAGCUGUGGCUGACAUGCUAAAUGUGCCUAUAUUAGGCUCAGUGCCAGAAGUGGCUCAUCUCUAUAGUACCAAGUCUGGAAGUAAACGCAUUUUUGCCAGUGCCUGUGUGCCAACCCCUCCUGGAGAGUCAGACAUCUACAACAAGGAGCAGAUGAUCAGUGUUCUCAGCAAGCUCAUUGUAGACAAUAUGGAAGUGCAGCGCUGGUUGUUUAAAGUGAAUGAUGAGUGUGGAGGAAAUGGCACUGCCUAUUGUGACAUUAUUUCACAUCUGAAAUGCUACCCCUGGGUGCAAAAGGAACGUCAGCAACACAGCCCUGAGACGUGGAGUGAGAAGUGGGCACACGAGCUAGCUUUGGUGAAGAUCUCCCAGGAGCUGCCGGGCCUUUUAGCACAGCACGUACAGCCAGUCAAUGAGAAACGAUUCCCUACAUGGGAAAAAUUCCUCCAAACAUUUCUUACUCAAGGUGGUGUGAUAGAAGCCUUCCCACUCUCGGAGCAUGUCACCAACCUCACGGUGGAUAUGCUGAUAGAGCCCACGGGCAAGAUAAAAAUAGUGUCAUCUGGAGACCAGCUCCACGCUGAGAGUCCUUUGCGAUCAUCUGGCACCACCAUUCCCCAACGUUCUGUUGAUCCAGCGGUUCUUAAUUCACUUUGUUUUAAAAUUGGAGAGACCUGUAAAUCUAAAGGAGUGCUGGGUUACUUCUCAGUGGAUUUUGCAACUUUCAUCCACCCACAAACGAUGGAGCAGCAGGUGUGGGCAACAGACCUUGACCUUUGCUAUAGUGACCAGCUGGCCUUGACUCAGCUCAUGUUGUACGUGACAGAUGGAAACCUGGAUUGUACCUCCAGCUGCUUUGAAGUAUCUCUUGGUUCAAAGGAAAUGGAAAGCCAACGUAUUGAGCACGACGAGACAGAAACUCCUUCUCCAAGAAGCAGCUGGUGUGCCGCAGCAAGCAGCCAACUGAGGCACUCCGGCCUUGCAGAAACCUACUACAGUGUUCUCCUCCAGACGUGUAAAGUGCGUGGGGUUGGAUUUGACCUCCAGGAAAAACAGGGAACAGUUUUUAUAUUGUAUGACGAUCAGCAGCGAUACAGACUGGGAAUGAUAACAAUUGGAGAAGAUCUCCAGGGGGUCCUCAUGACCUUUGCUCGCAAUCUCUUCAUCAUCCAUCAAGAAAUAUCAGCACCUAAUAUGCAAGGCGAGACCAAUUUUAAGAUGGCAAUUCAAGAUAUCGAAGCAAUUCUAGGAAUUACAGCAGAAAACAAACUGAAAUUGGAAGAGGAGCAACCUUCAGCAGCAGAUGCUCUGAAAGAAUAGUUAACGGGAAAUGUUUAAGCGCCUUAUUCUUUAUGCUCCUGGAAACGCUUUCUCAUCUGUAAGAACAGGUUUGGUUUUCCUUCUGCACCAGCAUGUGAAGGAAUAUUAACUGAGGGAACAGUUCUCAUUUCUAAGCAUGGUGUUUAAAAGAAUAUCCCUGCUUUCACAAAAAUAGACUGCUAAAAAGCAGAGGAUCAUGAUGAACACCUCUGUUCAUACUGUCACUCCUGAAGUACAGUAUCUGAAUUUAAAAUCUUGUUAAUAGGGGUCACGUUGUCUUUGUCACUAAAUCAGAUGAGGAGAUCAUGCUCCACUGAAGAGUCCCAUAACCCUAAAUUCUCCUUCAAACCUACUUUAUUCUAAAACAGACUUCUGACGUGAAAGUAGGUCCAGUGUUCUUCUACCUACACUUAAAUGCCACCUUAGCAGUAAGCCCACAACCCAGAUUCCUCUUUAGAACUGAUUGGCCAUAUUAUCUUUCCACUAUUUCUUUUGUUAUCUACAGAUUCUUGAAGCAUUUUUUCAUGUUCAUUUUCAAAUUAUCAGAAAUACUAGUAAUAGCACUAGUUCAACAAUGGAUUGUGAAGGGACCAUCAGAAUCGUACUACAAUUCCCAAUGCACCAUGAUUUUACAGAUCCAUCUGUCCAUCAGGUAGAUCCUGUAUUUCAGACAAUGGUGACUCUUCUCGUCAUAAUUUCUGUGCACUGUAAUGUUAAAGGACUACAGGUACAUUUGUAAAAUUAUCCAUCAAAUCUCUCAUAUGCCACCAGACAACACAGUUAAUUUUACUAUGGAGAGCACAUCUUAACCACUGGAUGGAUACUCCUGUCCAAGCAUGGCAACUAUCUUUGAGAUUACUUCUCAAAAAGCUCAGGCAGAACCAGUUUUUAAAGACAAACAAUGAAUGUGACCAAGCAGUCGCAGAAGAUCAGUGCCCAGGUUUGCCAAUGCCCAGGUCUUUGAUCCGUUACCUUCAUAAAUGAUCUUUUGUGUUAAUGUUUUUCUCUCCUGCUUUGAUCACAGAAGUAAUUACUGCAGAUGAGAACGUUUGCAUAAAUGCUGAUCCCUGCUUCAGAUAAAAAUCUAAAAGUAUUUCUGUUUAAUUCUUUUGUUUUGUUCCUUUCUUACAUGUAAUCUCAAUACAGUCUUGGGUUUGGAUAUUCCAGCACCCACAGAUUUUUCUAACAGAAAAUUUAACCUGUGAAUAAACUUCCUUGAAGUCUCUAUUCUUUAUA